CGCAGUGCCGCGUGUGUGUGUGCGCGAGUAGCAGCCGGGCGUCGUGGUUUCGGUUGGCUGGGAGGAAGAGGAAUAACGAACGUGGGAGCCAAGAAGAAUUCCUCGUCGGCGAACGGCGCUGGGGCGAGAAGCGACAAUAUCCACAGGGUUUCUGAAACGUUUUUACGGACUACACACGUCUCCUUAGGGGAAAUUUAGGGAAGUUUUCCCCCUCACGCGUUCCCGGGUCGGAUAAGAUCACUCUGUCUUCUGGCAGCUUGGUGACGCCCACAAAAGGAACGGACUGACCGUAACUCAUGGCUUCCUUAGUACUGGGACUUUCUCUGGUCUAUGAUUUAAGUGGCCUUUGAGCUUCCAGAUUGGUCCAGAAGGAUUAGGAAAGCUGAGUCCUUUCCUACCAAAAAAAAAUAAAAAAUGAGUGUGGGAGGAAGAAGCAACUGCAGUGUGGAGCUUGUCCAUAUCUCUUCCCUCUCACUGAACACCAGCAGUUUCGAUCCAGGAUGCUCUCUCCCCUGCGACCAGUGCCCUCAUUUUUGGCCCUGACACUACAGUGGGCUCCAUAAACAUGUACAGAGACACAGGGGUGUGUGCCACCCCUCUCUCUCAACCCCUUCCUCCACCCCACCUCCGUCUACCCCUCCAUAAUGGCCACUCUUCCAUGGGCGAUCCAGCCCUGUCCCGUGUCUCCGUGCCCAAAAUGGGAGUUCGAGCUCGGAUUGCAGAGUGGCCUCCUCGCAGGGCACUUUCACGAGAAUCGCUGCUUGAAAAUGGCCAGGGCAGUCAUCCGGAUGACCUCAACAGUGAGGAUGUGUUUACACGUGGAAAUGUGACCAGGUUACCACAGGGAGGUACCAGAGACAGUGACUUCCUUGAAUCAACUCAAACAAGGUCUCCGGGCACACCACCGACAUUUCGGGCUUCUGGGUUUGCUCCACUCCGACAGCGCUCCAACAGCGAGAUAACAUUAAGUGAGCAAGAUGAAACAGAGGUCGAAGGCCGUUUGUUCCGGGAAUAUGGCAGUACCUCUUCCAUCAACGUACAGGCUGUUUCUGAGCAAAGCUUCUUUGACAUGCUCAGCCAGUUUCAACAGGAACGACCAGACCAACGUAGCACAGCCCCCGCCAAACUUGGAGAGCUGCUCGGUGCUUCCUUAGAGGGACCCCCUUCACACGGCGCCUUGUCGACACCACGGCCUGAUGACCGCCCAGAGAAUCGUGUACGCAAAAAGAGUGGUGGCACAGAGUCGUCUCUUGGCACCUCCUCCUUAUUCCGCAAACUCCGCAGCUCCAGCCGCGGAGAAACAGAGACUCCACGAGGUGACUCGGAUGACCCACGACUCCCCGAGACAUUGUCUUCCAAACCCUGGGUAUGCGUGCGGAGUUUUGCCCACUUUGAUGCUCAGAGCAUUCUGUUUGACUUGCACGAGGCGGCAGCUCGUCGGAGCUACGCUGCCCAGCGGCGAAACACAGCCACUGGAGCUUCAGCUGCUUCUUCGGCUGCUGUUUCUUUGGCAGUUUCUAGAGCUAUUGCUCUGGGGGGAGUGGAGCCCAGCUUCUCCAGCACUGAUGACCUCAGUGUCAGGGACCUAUCGGAAGGAUCAAUCCCAGCACUGGAACAUUCAGAGCAGGGUGGUUCUGCUAGCGUUAAUCCCAACUCUCAGCAACAGCUGUUGCUUAGCUGCCCGCACUUCAUCAAUGAGACCGGAAGCUACAGGGAGCGUAAUGUCAGCUUCCUGAGCUCAUGGGCGGAGCGAGGAGAGGCUGGCAUCGUUGAGCCUCGGCUUCGUCCACGUUGCAGUAAUGCAAGUGUCUCCAAACUUGAGGUGCCGCCAGAUGUUCAAGCCACCAGGUUAGAGAGACUCCAGCAACACUGCAUCGAGCACGUUGACCUGGGUGCCAGAUACUACCAUGAGCACUUCUAUGGGAAAGAGCACUGGAACUACUUUGGUAACGAUGAGAAGCUGGGGCCCGUGGCUCUUAGCAUUCGAAGAGAGAAACUGGAUGAUACCAAAGAUUUAAAGGACCAGUACCAGUAUCGCAUCAUCUUUCGCACUAAUGAGCUGGUCACGCUACGAGGAGCGAUCCUGGAGGACGCGAUUCUGUCCACAGCAAAGCACGGAACGCUUCGUGGUUUGCCUUUAAAGGAGGUUCUGGAGUAUGUGCUGCCAGAGCUCAGCGUGUCCUGUCUGCGAAUGGCUCUCAGCACACCAAAGGUCACAGAGCAGCUUCUUAAACUGGACGAGCAGGGGCUCAGUCAGAAACACAAAGUGGGCAUCCUGCUGUGUCGAGCGGGACAGAGCACUGAGGAGGAGAUGUACAACAAUGAAGAGGCUACGCCAGCCUUCACCGCCUUCCUCGAGCUGCUGGGAGAAACUGUGUGUCUGAGAGGUUUCAACAAAUAUGCUGCCCAGCUAGACACCAAAACGGACUCAACUGGAACACACUCCCUGUAUACAACCUAUCAGGACUAUGAGAUCAUGUUUCACGUGUCCACCAUGCUUCCAUACAUGCCCAAUAAUCCUCAACAGCUCCUGAGGAAGAGGCACAUAGGAAAUGAUAUAGUCACGAUUAUAUUCCAGGAGCCGGGAGCCCUACCGUUCACUCCACAGAAUAUUCGCUCUCACUUCCAGCACGUGUUCGUCAUUGUCCGUGUGCACAACCCUUGCUCUGACAACACCUGCUACAGUGUGGCAGUGACCCGCAUGAAGGACGUGCCUCCAUUUGGUCCGCCACUACCUUCAAGUGGAUUGACGUUCCGUGACCCAGCUGCCUUCCGCGCUUUCCUACUGGCCAAGAUCAUCAAUGCAGAGAAUGCUGCGCACAAAUCAGAGAAGUUCCAUGCCAUGGCAACCCGCACACGCCAAGGAUACCUACGGGACCUGGCGGAGAACUGUGUUUCCACUACGCCACUUGACACGGCUGGCAAGCUGAACAAUCUCAUCUCUCUGGCCUCCAAACGCAAGGAACGCAUCCGGGCACGCGAAGCUGCAGAAAUGGGUGCCUUAGGGGCGCUUGUUUGGCGUGUACUUGCACAGGACUUCAGUGGCGGAGGCGCUGAGUUUCCAUGUGCUCUAGCCAUCUCCAACGAGUACAUUGUCCUGGCGGACUGCUCCACCAAAGAGGUGAUAUUUAACUGUUUCUGUGCUGAUGUGAUUGGUUGGACAGCAGAGAGACUUGCACUGAAGAUUUUCUAUGGUAGAGGAGACCACGUUGCCUUACGGGUACCAGAGGGCAGUGCACAAGAUGUCAGAGAGGUUGUGCAGAGACUUAAGGCAUUGACUGUAGGUUGUGAAACGGUUGAUAUGACGUUACGACGUAAUGGUUUAGGCCAGCUUGGUUUCCAUGUGCGUUUGGAUGGAACUGUGUCCGAAGUGGAGGAAUAUGGCUUUGCUUGGCAGGCAGGGCUCCGGCAGGGUAGCCGUUUGGUAGAAAUCUGCAAAGUUGCCGCUGUGACGCUAUCCCACGAGCAGAUGAUCGACCUACUGCGGACUUCGGUCACUGUAAAAGUGGUCAUUAUUCCACCUUUUGAAGAGGGAGGGGCCCGCAGGGGCUGUACAGAAGAGCACGAGAUGAAGAUGAUGGAGCAGAAGGGAGAAGUGGAGCCAGUGGCUGCAAGCUAUCGUGCUGGGCAGCAAACCCCAGUAUGGCGCUGGGACAGCCCCCCUGGUACACACAGCUCUGCUCAGCGCUGGACCCCCAGCGGACCCCCACCAGUUCCCAGCCGUACACACAAAGCUCUGGUCCCCAUUCCAUACAGAGAACCCCAACACAUCUCUGCAAAAAGGCCUGUCAGUUACCCAGAGAACCAUUACAGUGUGUCUCCUCUUGGCGUGGACAGAGGGAUGCCAUACAGAAACCCUUCGGCUAGUUUCUCCAGUCCAAGCUCUGGGUUCAGCUCCACCGCACUGGGGGUGCCGGGACUCAGCGGACCCUUUGUCCACUAUAAAACCACUCGAGACGGGUUUGGGUCAGUCCAGCGGUCUCUCCAGCCAUUUGAUCCACACGUCACUGUCGAUGUCUCGAGUGGAGAAUCAUCAUCUGGCUUCACUAGCCAAGAAAGCACGAUGGAGCGCAACAAGUCCGAGCACGUGUGGCAUGUUCCUGCUUCAUCACGAGGUGUGUCAGUGGGCUCAGCUCCGAGAAGACAGACUCGACAGGACGUUGCAGGGAAAGACUCUCCAAACCGCCCCUCUAAGGGUGAGGCACACUAUUCCAGUCACUCCAGCAGUAACACACUCUCCAGCAAUGCUUCCAGCAGUCACAGCGACGAGCGCUGGUUUGACAGCAUGGGAGGUGGGGUUUCUGGUGCCCUGAGUGACCCCUCAGACCCCGACCCAGACCAUAUGGGCAAGGGAGGGUCCAGUGACAGUGGCAUCGAUGCAUCUCUUUACACACCAAGUCCUAACACUAAAGGAGCCAAACCUAGCCGCAGCUUAGCAGGAACCCCCCAUAAACCUCUGCAUGGCUCUGCUACCUACAGCGGCUUGCAGGAGCUGUCCGGAGCGGGAGGGAGGGCGGCAGGAGAGGGUCGUCGCAGGGAGUCGUCACCCGUCAUUGCAUCAGCCAAUCAAAGCAGGAACUAUCGCACACGCACAUUCCCCCCUCCUGGAUCAGCCAAUGUUGACAACUUCAAACCAAGGACCUGCUAUACCCCUCAAGGGUACAAGACCCCUGCUGUGGUCGAUAAACCCCAGCCUUUCAGAGCUUCAACAGUCACACCCACAUCAGGCUCUGGCCAGCUCUCAAGCUCCGCCCCCAAGUCAUUUAGUAAAAGCAAGAGUACAUGGCAACAGGAGGAGAACAGCACAGCAACCAGCACCACCUCCACUGACAGCAACAGCAACAAGCAGGUGGAUACGAACAGUAAGAAUGUGUUCGGACAGCCCCGGUUACGUGCCUCUCUGAGGGACCUGCGCUCACCACGAAGAUCUCACAAGAGCACCAUUGAGGACGACUUGAAAAAGCUCAUCAUCAUGGACAACCCUGCAGAGACACCAUCAAGGGAUGCGUCUCCUCAUCGGACCUUGCAACGUACUUUCUCAGAUGAGAGUCUGUGCAGUGGACGGAGAGAUUCUAGUUAUGCAAGCACGCCUCUUUUUGAAGGACAAGUGCCGCCCAGUGACCUUCUCUUCACUUGCACGCUGCCUACUCGCCGCCACGGUCACAACACCAAUAAUUUAGCCCUCAUGCCUAGUAAGAAAGUACCGUUGUCUGCAUCAGAAUUAUCUCUAACUGAGGUGAGGGAUAAAGUUCCACCUCUCAGAAGACUGGACCCUGGACUCAUGCCCCUUCCUGACACUGCCUGUGGUCUAGAGUGGUCCAGCUUAGUUAAUGCGGCCAAAGCAUAUGAAGUGCAAAGAGCUGUUUCUUUAUUUUCAUUAUCUGAGUCUCAUGCGGGCAGCAAUGAGUUGAGACCCGUCAUCAGCCCGGUACAUUUCCACACGCCACAGACUCCCCGCACCACUCCUACUUUCAGCAGUGAAGAGGUUCCCAAUGACCUGUCUGGGCGUCUGUAUCAUCUGGAAGUCAUGCUGAAACAGCUGAACAGUGAUCUGGAAAAAGAGAAACAAGACAAGGCAGUGUUGUUAGCAGAGAUGGCUAAUCUAAGGCAGAACAACCAGCGUCUACAGGAGGAAUCGCACUCAGCCAGUGAACAGCUCCGCAAGUUUAGCAAAAUCUUAUCCUCUACCAUGCCCGAAAGGAAAUGACUGUUCCCUUUCAUUUGAGAGAAGAUGAGAGGAGAUCUUCACGUACCUGCACUUUGCCGAAUAUGGCACGUUAAAUGCCAACAGCUAAUGUAAUUCACAGUCUCUUAUCAUCCAGUACAUCCACUGUCCCGCUCGCCCUCAUCUAGACAGGUGUGCCAGCUCAUCCUCACCACACACCGUACUGUCAGCUUAUGAAAGUGUGACAGAGGGAAACCGAAAGAGGUUAUGUGGGUCUGCCUGAUGACUUGAGACUUUAAAGCUUUAACUUAAAGCCGGUACAGAAGUACAAAUUUCUAUUUUUAAACCAACAAACACAAGCGCGAUUUCCUACCUUGAAACGAGCGAUCUCCUCAUCUGAUCGAACUACUUUCGGAACUAUUUUCUCGUAGAUUUAUUUUUGUACUCGACGAGUCGACACUAAGCUUGAGAGACGCUAAACGUCAGAGAGGCCUAUAUACUGCACAGUCAGCUCAACAGCCAAAACGAAAAAAGCAACAGAAAAUCGAAUCUUGAGCCACGUGAGAGAUCCUACCUUUUCCAACACGUUGCGAGAAAUCACGGUACUGUAAUUGUGAGAAAAAAGUACAGUGCCCUGGGGAUGACUUUCAUGAUAACAUGUCACUGUAAAGUAUAAUUCUACAUCGCAUAAUCAUGUGCAGGUAUAUUAAACGCUAUUGUAUUCAUAUUUAUAGUGGCAGUUGUUCAAACCAUCCUCAUCUCAGCUGAUUUAUCAUCCAACUGACUUCUAUAGGGAUCAUAGUGACUGAAACUCUGCAAUAAUGGCUCUGUAGAUCUUCACUUCUCCAGAGAUGGAGAACCACCACCACUUUCAAACCAGUGAUAGCAACCACUACUAAAACUGUGAUGUUACACCCAAGUCUUUGAUCCUUUGUUUCCUCUGUGCAUGGACAUCGGUCAGUCUUUAAGUGACAGUGCCAUGUGACAGGAAAUGCCACUUGCUCUCUUAUGUAUGGUUUUGGCAUAGCACUGUGUGUAAACUUGGGCUGUUCUGUCAGAUUUCGACACUGUAUAUGUAUAUGUAUAUGCAAAGCCGUCACUUAAGAAACCCUGGUCAGCGGUGUUCCAUACAGACUCUAUUUUUCUAUUUGUAUUUAGUUCAGGUUUAUCAGGUGAAACGACUGUUGGCAAUAGAUGGCUGUUUUCAACUUCUAGAAAGAUCAUCGUGUUUACAUACUAAGACGAUCUGCAGAGUACUCGGUUUUGCGCUCUUGAAAAUCUUCAAGAGUAAGUGGAAUAACAGUCAGGCCGGAUCGAAUGUGGUCUGUCAUGUACCCCAUGUUACUCUGUACAUGUCUGCCUUAAAGUGGUCAGCUGUGACCAGUGAUGUGACUCAUAUCAGCUCUCUCCAUCCCUUUAACCUGAUGUGACUGGAAAAAAUCUCUCCUCCUCUCUCAGGACCCGUAAGCUGCCCUCUCAAUGACCUGACCUAUUUAUUCACAUGAAAGCAGAAGCACUGCAACAGUCGGUUGACUUAACUGUAUUAGUCAUCAUAGCUAUAAGUGAAAAUAUAAUGUGUCUGCUUUGCUCAGAUUCACAAAAACAACUAUAUACAUGCCUAUUACAGUAACUAGCAUUGUUUAUUUAUGGGGUGAGAGAUACAAGUAAGACCUGACAUCAUUCAUUGCAGUUGUUUAGUAGUGUAAUUGUACAUAUAGUGAUUUUAUACAGCUUUGAACUGCUGAUAGCAAGCAUAACAUGUUCUCCCCACAACAAAUUAUGAGGAAAAAGGAAUAUUCCAUCUGAAAAUGUCAUUUAUUCCCCCUCAUGUUGUUCCAAUCCUGUAUGACUUUAUUGCUUCUAUGGAACAUAAAAGAAACUAUUUUGAAGAACGUUGGCAACUAAACAGUUUUGGUUCCCAUUGAUUUGUUUUGUAUUCUUUUAAUUUCCACAGAAGAAGAAAGCAAGUCAUACAGGUUUGGCUCAGCAUGAGUAAAUGGGAAUAAAAGUCUGUAUACAUGUUGGAAGCUUUUAUUUAUACAUCAUCACUUUGGGCUUGCAAAGUCAAAUGGUCAUAUUAUGAUAAGCUGAUUUGCCCCACUGUUUUUAUCAGAUUCUCAUCUCAUUGCUGUGACUACAAGAACUUCACCCGCUGUGUGAUUUUCUGUCAGUGAAGUGGGAGGUUUUUGCAGACUCUUGGUGUCUCACUCAGUUCUGGGUUACUGGGUGUCAUAUCUACACCAUGGAUUGUUUUAUGAUUUCUGUUUGUUUGAUAGCUGGGUGGAGGUGUUUUUAUUGUGUUUUAGUUCUUUUUAAUUUUUAAAAGGUAAAUAUGAGUAAUAUACUUGUGAAAACAUUUAUGUGCAUCUGUGUUGCGCAUUCUUAAAUCAUGGCGAAUUAUAAAGUCCAGCUGUAAUAUUUGAAGGUUUAUUUUUUAUGUGUAAUAUUUUGACUAUUUAUUUAGAUUUUGAUUUUUUUUCUUGUUCUCUUUUUAUACAGAAAGUCAAAUUCAAGGUGAAAAUUACAAGACCACAGAGUUGGUAACAUUUUUGAGGGUACUGAGUUUUUAGUUUGUCCUUUAUAUUUUGUUUGAUUCAUGAUCUUUUGUACAAAGCUGAUUUUAUCCAUUAUUGUAAUACAUCUUUUGUCUCUGUUUCCAUUAGCUUCAUGCAUGAAACAGUGGCUCUAAUGUCUCGAUUAACUAUUGAUAACUGAUCAAUCUUUCAGUUUCUUUUGGGGAUGUUGUAUCAAUGAGUGUACAUUUAAUAUGUGUAAAUUAUGUUUUCAUUAUUUUAUAAAAAAAAUAUAUUAAAUAUUUCAUAAUGAUAACA